AUGGCGCUGUGCGACGGCUCGGUGCCCAAUGGCGAGCGCUUCGAGGCUUGGGCACCGCGGAUGCUGCGGGCAGACGCGGGUCCCGUGGCGACGGUGAUGGAACUGCGGAAGACGAAGGAGCUGGGAAUCCAUGCGGUGGCCAGGUGUUCGAUCCAUCCGGAUGAUUUGAUCAUUUCAGAGCAGGCACUUCUGCGUCUGCCGCCACCCAGCGCCGAGGCGCAGCGCCUGCUGCGGGGCUUCGGCGAGCUCGGCGGCUUCUUGGCGCCGGCGCUGUGCGCCCCUUGGGCCACCACCUCCGCGGAGCAGCGGGAGGCCUGUUUGCAGCUCUUCUAUGCUCAUCCGGGCUCCGAAAAGAGGAGCCAAGGAACGCACCUGGCAGCGUGCGCAGAGCUUUUGCGCUGUUGGGCGCCAUUGAAGCACAGCAACUGGACGCCAGAGGAACUGCUGCAUUUUCUGCACAUCGUUGACCUGAAUAUUCACAAAGAUGAUGAGAGGCCGCAGAAUUCGGAGUUCACGGGGAUCUUCGUCUUUGGCUCCAAGUUCUCCCACAGCUGUGCGCCGAAUGCCGCAUGGUCCUUUGACCGGGAGGGACGCUUGCAGUACCGGGCUCUCUGUCCGAUUGCUGAGGGGGAUGUGCUGACCUUCUCCUAUGUGGGCAAUGGCAUGAAUCUCAUCACCAGCACCUUGCUUCGGCGAGAACGCCUGUCUGCACUUUGUUUCGUUUGCAGCUGCGCACGAUGUCAGGGCGCUGACAUGUCUCGGCGGCUGCCAUGUCCUCAAUGUGGAGGGAGCUGCUAUCCUUCUUACCCUCAGGUGGAUGAUGCCACUUUGGCAGGGAGCUCACGUGACUUAAUUCAGGAUGCAAACAUUUGGAAGUGUGAGAGCUGCAAGGCAGAUGUCAAGGCAAGUGAUCUGCCACUGGAAGCAGAAGAGGAGUUGACGGAACUGGUGCCUCGCUUCAUGCAGGGCGAUCCCAGCUCGGCUCGAGAAGAUGCGGAGCGCUUGUGGCAGCUGCGGCAGAAAGCGGCUGCGGUCUUGUCGAAAAACCAUUGGACCUGGUUCUUGGCAACAUUCGCAUGGCUGCAGAAGUGCCUCCUCUGCCUGCGGAACGCGCCGAUCGUCGCCUUCUCAGAGAGGGACCUCUGCACCGCGAGCACCGAAGCGGCGCGGUGGUUGGAGUCCGCGGCGCCGGAGAACAUGGAGCAGCGGCUUUGUGCCUUGUUCUUGGCAGCGCGCUUGGCUCAACACCUGGGAACUUUGACGCUUCCAAUUGGGCAGACCUUUGGGUGUGUGGUGUAUGCAUAG